AUGCAGCAGCAUGAGAAGCGGAUCUGCAGUACGACGCCGACUGGAGUGGUGAACGCAUUCGUGUCGUCGCUGAAGGACAGCGUGAAAGCACGCAAAGAUAGUGAACAAUACUAUGUUCCAUGA